UUUCUUUCUCAUUUUCGCCCCCAACCAAUUCUUCUUUCUCUCUGCAUAAAUCCCACCUCUUGGAAUAACAAGAACUUGGAAAGUGACCAACACCAGCCCUAACCCCCUACUUCAAAAACCUUCUCACUUUCUCUCACUCUGAGAAAAAAAAAAAAUCAAAAUCAAAGAAAUUAUUUUAUUUUACACUACAAAAAAAAAAUAAACGAAGAAGAAGAGGAAAGGAAGAAGAAUGCCAGCGAAUCCGCCGAAGUCGUCAGUGAUGUUCCACCGAAUCAACAUGCAGCAAAGCCAGGCGAAGACGAGGAAGCGGUCGUCGUCGCCACUUCCCGACGCGGUGGCGCGUGUGCACACGCACGAGGUGAGUCCCCACCAGUCGUGCUCGGCCGUGAUCCAGGAAAUCGCUGCCCCAGUCUCCACCGUCUGGUCGGUCGUCCGGCGAUUCGACAACCCCCAGGCCUACAAGCACUUCGUCAAGAGCUGCCACGUCAUAGUCGGCGACGGCGACGUUGGCACUCUCCGGGAGGUCCAGGUCAUCUCCGGCCUCCCCGCCAACAGCAGCACCGAGCGUCUCGAGAUCCUCGACGACGAGCGCCACGUCAUCAGCUUCAGCGUCGUCGGCGGCGACCACCGCCUCUCCAACUACCGCUCCGUCACCACUCUCCACCCCUCCCCCACCGGCGCCGGCACUGUCGUCGUCGAGUCCUACGUCGUCGACGUCCCGCCGGGAAACACCACCGAUGACACGUGCACUUUCGUCGACACAAUCGUGUGCUGCAACCUCCAGUCCCUCGCUCAGAUCGCCGAGAAUCUCGCCAAACGCCAUUGACAACCACAACGACGAGUACUCCAAGUAAUUCACAUUUCAUUUCAUCUAAUUUGAAGGAAAAAAAAACACCCUAAUUUUCCGAUAUUCAUACGCCGUCGUUUCUUCGUCAUCAGAUGUGGUUUCCCCGUUGAAAUCGGCCGUUCUUUUUUUUUCUUUUAAUUUUUUUUUUCCUGUUUUAUGUAACUAAAACGUAGAAGAGUAUUUAUGACAUGCAUAAAUAAUAGUCACAUUUUAAUCACAACCCAAAAUUAGUUGUUUUUUUUCCCCAAUUUGAGGCUGAGAUA